AUGCCGCAGCGGGACUGUGAGCCCAGCCGGUGCUCAGACAAGACUCGUCCAAAGCCCGGCCCCGGAAACAGGGAUGUCAAGGGCAUGCAGGGAUCAGCUUACGACAAAGCACUCAAAAGCCUCACGCCGGAAGAGCAGAGCCGCAUCAACACCAACCGUUUCCGAGAUGCCAGCCAGCUGCUUCGGAACCUCAGCCAAGCGAACGACAAGUCGUACCGCGAGUCUGGCAUGCGAAGGGGCAUGGAGAAGUUGAAACCGAAGAUCAAAGCCUUCCAAGCCGUGGCCGAUACCGUGGGCAUCUUCGGUGAACUUGAACCCGCUGGUUCCUUGUCGAUCGUCUGUGGGCUCACAAGUGCGGCCUGCUCUGCUGGAAUCGCACUCGCUGAUGCUGCUGACAAUUUGGAUGCCGAAGUCAAGCGAUUGUUUGAUCUCGCACCACGCCUGAUCCAAUGCAACGAACUGGCUUCGUGCACAAAGAAUCCUGAGCUGAUUCGAAAUGAUCUUGUGAGAGUCUACACGGGGGUGUUCAAGUUCUACCUUGUAGCGACGAAGAUCUUGGAUCAUGAAUAUUUCCCUCAUGCAAUCAGAAAGUACAGAAACGACAUGACUGAAGCUGUUGAGGGAUUUUCCAGCUACUGGCAGCAUUUUCUGGAGGGCGUACAGCUCGACACGUUGGACGCAACCACGGAAACUCUUGAUAUAGCUCUCAAAAGCCAAAUUGCGGAAAUCCUUGAGAGAGAAUGCGCGCACGAGGUGGAGUACAGGCCCCCGACACCAGCUGCUGGAACCUGUCAGUGGCUAUCCUGGGCGGAUGGCUUCAAGCUCUGGCACCAGCCAGCCGGCAUGGGCACCCAUUUCCUCACCAUGUUCGGAGCCAUGGGGUCUGGCAAGACGGUCGCCACGGCGUAUCUGGCAAACCAUCUCGAGUCGGAAAAGCGCACAGUCAUCCGCUACUACGUGCACAACGACGGCGAGAUGAGCAAGCCGACGAACAUAUACUGCAGCCUCAUCAGGCAGUUUCUCUCGUGGCAUCCGGAAUUCGAAGCACGGUUCUGGAGGCUGCUCAAGGAACACAACGUCGCGGAUUUCCACAUGCAGGCGCGCAGGCCCGAGGUGCUGAGGCGGUGCUUCGUUGAGCUGUUGGGUGAUGCACGCAAGAGAGUUUGCAUCCUGCUCGACGCGCUCGACGCUUUGGAUCCCGCGGCCCGAGAGGAACUCGGCCAACUCUUCCGAGACCUUCUCAAGUUGGAAUGUCAGGCCAAAGUCUUCCUGACCUCGCAGCCUGACAGCCAACUGAAGAAGCUGGUCCCGGGGAAAGCCUUCGAGAUCAGCAGUUGGCGCAAGGAAGUCGGCAAAGAGAACCACCGUAUCGCCGAGCACUUGGUGGGCUCGAAGUGGCUGACCAUGGACAAACGAUACUGCAAAGAGGAUCAGCACCGCCUCAUCAAGGGCAUCUCAGAACUAGCCGACAGCUCUCCGCUGAUGGUGUACCUGAAUGCGGCUCAUGCCGAUGCACUCAUCCGGCAUCCGGUGCCUCGAACCGUGGACGAGGUAUUGCACAUUGUCCGAAGUGCGCCAUCUGGAUAUUCCAAGAUCCCCCAGAAGUGGGCAGAGAUACGGAAGCAGGUGCUGGAGCGGCUUGACGUUGGACGCGACAUGAUAGACCCGUUGCUGCGCUUUCUCGCCGUUGCCGCUCGGCCCGUCACCAUACGGGAGGCCUGCGCCUUCGUGGUUUACGACACCCAAGACGGCGACACGAUGCCUCGAGAGCUCGACGCGCACGGCCAGAGGAGCAUCGUCGAGUGGAUCCGUCCCUUUGUCACGACAGACGACGAGCCUGGCCCGGAGUCCGUGUUGAGACUCUACCACAACUCGCUCCAGCAACUCAUCAUCUUGCAGGAACCAAGCACAUGGGCCGGCACUGAGAACGUCGGCACCAACGACGCCAAGAAGUACGCCCAACGAAAGGCGCAGAUGAACGGAGAGCUGGCGUCCAAAUGCGUGCGAUACCUGUGUCUCCCCGAAUGCUCGAAGAAAGGGUUCAUCGAAUCCGGCAUCCCCCACGGAGCCUUCUUCACCUACGCCGCCUGCACCUGGCAGCACCACCUCGCCGGUUCCUCCUCCACCACCACCACCGCCAGACCAACGCCCCAGCAAGUAUCAUGCAUCAUGGCCAUCUGCCGGCCAAACUCCGCCGCCCUCCGCAACUGGACCGACCAAAACGCCCGCCACGAAAAGACGUUCCUGCCCCCCCUCGCCGACCUCGACCCCCUCGUCGUCGCCGUGCACUUCCGGCACGACGGCCUGACGGCCGCGCUGCUCGACCGCCCCGACGCCUUGCAAGCCCCGAGCUUCGCUCCAAACUCCGCCCGCACCGCGCUCGCGUGCGCGCUCCAGACCGAGCGCUUCACCCUGGCCGCCGCCAUCGUCGACAAGGCCGGCGCCCGCCUGCGCACCCUCGAGACAUGGACCCAGCUCAUGCAGGCCUACAGCCCGGCCCCCGACUUUUGGGCCCCGAAACCCACCGCCACGGCGAAGGAAAAGGCCGCUAGGAAGCGCGCCCUCGACGCCCUGGAGAAGCGCGAGCAAGCGUGGCGGAAGUUCCUCGACCCGGUCAUCCCGCUCUUCCUCCCCGAGAUGACCGGUGGCGGCGGUAGCAAGAAUAGCAGUAUCAGCAGCAGCGGUGGUGGUGGAGCCUCGGGCCCCUCCGACCGCUCAUGGGCCGGCGCCGCCCUCGACCAAGCCGUGUCCAACGGCUGCCUCUCCGUCGCCCGGACGCUCUUGUCCCACGGCGGCGCCAGGAACCCGGCCUUCCACCACGCGCUCUUGGGCCUCUCCUCCUCUUCUUCAUCUUCCUCCUCCUCCUCCCAGCCCAUUAACGUCGUCGCCACCGCCGCCCGCCGCGGCGACCUCGACAUGCUGCACCUCCUCCUCGCCCAGCCCGGCGUCGUGGCCGCCGACGCCGUUCCCCAUGUCGGUGCUCGUGUCGACGACCAUCAUCUUCGUCCUCCUCAUCCUCAUCCUCCUCCUCAUCCCCCUCAUCAUCCUCCUCCUCCCCAUCCUCGCCAAAGCCACGGCCGAAGCCACAGCCACGGCCACAGCAACAGCCACGCAAACCGCCCCCCUACUACCACCACCACUUCUACCACCAGACGCGAUCACCUCGCCCCGCCCGUCCCGCUAAUCCAACGGCUCGCACCCGACGACGGCUCGACCGUCUACCACGCCGCGGCGCGCAUGACGUGCGCCGAGUUCCGCCCCGGCGUGUUCGCGGCGCUGAAGGCGGCCUGGCCCGAGGGCUCGGCCGUGCUGGACGACAGGGGGAGGCAUUGGCGGGAUUUGCUGGGGCCGGCGGAGAGCGAGAUGGUGGGGUAG